AUGCUGGGGAUGAAAGUGGAAGAAAAAGAAGAACCAAAUUGCUGCUAUUUUGAGUUAGAUAUUUUUAUUUAUUUGUGUUACACUGAUCCAGAACAUACCAAGAACAAAACCGCCGCAUCGUCGGCGUAUAUGAAUCUGUAUUUCAAGGUGAAAAGUUUCUACUUCAAAUACGUUGCCGACUUGGCCGGGUAUAAGAAUUCGAUUCCGGAAUUCCCGUCGUAUGUUCUAACUACUUCUUGUGUUUAA